ACAACUCGCAUUAAAUGCGCCUUUCUGAUCUCUACGGCCCACAUAGAGCUGGCACACGCGUCCGCAGCCCAGCUGCUUGUCUAAAAACUGCCUCUUACAACAGCUCUUUGCUGCCUGCAGGUGAUGGAGGGAGAGCCUUACUAUCAUUUCAAACACCGUGGCACCAGGCAGAAAGCCUUAAGCAGACACUGGGGCUGGAAUAUGCGCCUGACAAAAGAGCCAAAGGUUCUCUGGUUUGAGCAACAAACCGUAAAGAGGCGCACGAAGAGAAGUGUCAGCGUGGUGCCAACAGAUCCCUGGUUCCAUAAACAGUGGUACAUGAAUAAUGACAUAAAUCCCGAUCUAAACAUCCUCACUGCUUGGAGCAAAGGGUACACGGGGCUGGGGGUCGUGCUGACCGUCCUGGACGAUGGGAUCGAGAAGGACCAUCCGGACCUGUCUGCCAACUACGACCCUCUGGCGAGUUACGACUUCAACAGCAAUGACCCCGAUCCCCAGCCCAGGUACGCUGCCGGGGACGAGAACUGGCACGGGACACGCUGUGCAGGAGAAGUGGCAGCCGCAGCCAACAACCGAAUCUGCGGAGCAGGCGUUGCGUACAAUGCCAAAGUCGGAGGCGUGCGGAUGCUGGACGGUCCCAUCACGGACGUGGUGGAGGCUCAGUCCCUCAGCCUGCGUCCCCAGCACAUCCACAUCUACAGCGCCAGCUGGGGCCCCGAGGAUGACGGGAAGACCGUGGACGGGCCAGGCGUGCUGGCUGCGGAGGCUUUCCACAGAGGGGUCACCAAAGGACGGGGUGGCCUCGGCUCCAUCUUCAUCUGGGCCUCCGGCAACGGCGGGAUCAGCUACGACAACUGCAACUGCGACGGGUACGCCAACAGCAUCUAUACUCUCUCGGUGGGCAGCGUCCUGGCAGACGGCCGGAGGCCCUGGUACGGUGAGGGCUGCUCCGCCAUCCUCACCACCACCUACAGCAGCAGGACCACCAGCAAAGUGCAGAUCGUGACCACCGACCUGCACCACCGCUGCACCGACAAGCAUACAGGCACCUCUGCCUCGGCCCCGCUGGCCGCAGGAACGAUCGCCCUCGCGCUGGAGGCCAACCCAGCACUGACCUGGCGUGACCUGCAGCAUCUCGUCAUCAGGACCUCCAAGCCCGCUCACCUGCGGGCAGAAGACUGGGCUGUGAACGGGGUUGGACGCAAGGUGAGCCACCACUAUGGCUACGGGCUGCUGGACGCUGGUCUGCUGGUGGAGAUGGCCAAGGAGUGGACAGGAACUCGGCCGCAGCGGAGGUGUUCGGUCAAGGGUCUUCACACCCCCCGGAACAUCGGCUCCAAGCUCACCGUCUCUACAGACGUCUCCUGCUCCGGGAGGACCAAGCACAUCCGCUCGCUGGAGCACGUCCAGGUCCAGCUCUCUCUGAGCUACAGCCGCAGGGGGGACCUGGUGAUCGCUCUGACCAGCCCGAUGGGGACCACGUCCACGCUGGUGACUGUGCGCCCGUACGACACCAGCCAGCAGGGCUACAAGGACUGGACCUUCAUGUCCACACACUUCUGGGACGAGAACCCCAACGGGACCUGGACACUCCAGCUAGAGAACAAGGGCGAUGCCUAUAACACAGGUCUGCUGACCAGCUUCAUCCUGCACCUCCACGGCACAGAUGAGGAGAUGACAGCCAGGCAUUUUGCAGCCUCUGCCACCGACAAGUGCCUCAAGCGGGAUGCACGGGGAGCGUGCGAGGGUGAGUCUUCGGGCAGGAGGGGACGGUGCUUUUGGCCCCGCAGCCUGGCCGAUGCCACCCUUCCUCCGCAGACUGCGGCAGCUCUUCGUUCGCCUACCGGCGCUCCUGCCUGUCCUACUGCCCUCCGCGCUACUACGGCCGUAUCCGGAGAGCCGCCACCAACGCAGCCCGCGUCUGUGCCAGCUGCCACCCCUCCUGCUACACGUGCCGGGGCGCUUCGGCCAACAACUGCACGGCCUGUCCUCCUGCCGGCACCUUCGAUGAGCUCACCCGCUCCUGCUCCCCUCCGCAGGGCUUCCCCGCCGAGGAGGGGCUGCAGAGUGACCUUCUCCCUGUCCUUGUCUGCGGGAGCCUCAUCCUCUCAGCCUUCCUCUAUGUCACAUACCGUGUGGCCUUUUGCAUCACGAAAGGUAGCUCCUGCUGUCCCCGGGCUGGAAGGGCAGCGUGACACCAGCCUGGGCUGCACGGACACAGGGGGCUGGAUCCCAGCCUGGGACAGAGCUGCCCUCGCCUGGCUUCCAAAAUAAACUGGUUGUUGCCUUUCUGGACCACCCUCUCUGAAGGGUAA